AGUAAAUAUUUAGGGAUGGGAUACUUGUAUUUUAAGCCUGGAAAGUCAUUAAUAGGUGCUAUUGGCUGGGGUUUACAAGGAGCUACGUCAGGCAUGGAGGGUGCCAAAGAGCAAAUUGUACAGGAGUCCAAAAAUUCCACGCUACCAUCUCAAGAUGAGGAGGCAGCUAUAAAGAAAAAAUAUGGAGGGAUUAUUCCCAAGAAACCACCACUAAUCUCCAAGGACCAUGAACGUGCCUACUUCGAUUCUGCUGAUUGGGCACUUGGAAAGCAGCAAGGUGUUGAGAAGCCCAAAGGACCACUUGAAGCCCUCCGUCCCAAAUUACAGCCAACACAACAACAAACACGAUACAGGAAAUCUCCUUGUGCCCCAGCAGAUGGUGCAGUUGGAGGGAGUGCUCAACCAGAGGGUGGGACUGCCGACGAAUGAGAAACUACCCUUAAUCGUCUGAUCUUGUGAGGACUAUUGGUUGUUACUCUAAUACCCAGAUAGGUAAUGAAUAAUUUUAAACUGUUUCCAUGAAUAAAAACUUGAUGAAAGAUGUUUCAAUUUUAGUUAAGUUCGACAAGAUACAACAUUUAUGCAGUUUGAGAAUGGUGGGAACUGAAAAUGUCUAUUGUUCCAAUGUUUUUUUUUUAAACUAAUGUGGAACAUUAUUCUUCGUGAUAUGAGUAAUCUUCCCCUUUUAUUCU